AUGGCCAUCGGACCCAUCAAAGCAUACUUUCUAGCCGUGAUCGGCAUGACCCUCUCCAAUAUGGCCGAGACGUUGGAGCCCGCCUGCGGUGCCAGUCUCGGUGUCGCAGCGGCCGAAGCCCGAGUCCCGAGCAUGAACCAGAUGCCCAUCAGAGGCGACGCUGCGCAUCAGCAAGACGAAGCCGAAGAGCCGAUGCACAAGCCCCACGACGACCGGCAGCAGCAGCAGCCUUUGUACACGUCAGAAACGCCUGCCGGCGAGCGAGAGCCGGCCGACAAGCCCGUCGGCCGCGGCGGCAUGCAUCACCUCCGCAUGAGGGCCGAAAAGGUGGCCUGCGAGACCGAGUCGCAGUGGGCUCGGCUGCUGCGCGAUGUGUGCUCUCUGCUCCGCGACCUGUCGAGCAUGGUCUGCCCUCUCAUGCCCUCCAAGGCUUUUGUGAGGACGAUCGGAAUACUCUACCUCAUCGCGCGAACGCCCGAGGCCAUGGCCAUGUUUCUGUCGUACCUGGCCGUCGUCAUGGUCGAGCGACGGUUGCUGUUCGACUUUCAGGGACGCUACCUAGGUAUGGAGCAGGCGCACCGCCGGGCCAAGGUUGUCUUGGAUCUGCAGAGUAGAAUGGAGACGGCGGAGAAGGAGGCAAAGGAGAGCCAGGAGAAGGUCAGGAUCUUGGAGAUGAAGCUAGACCGGUUGUAUGCGAGAGACCCAGCCAGCAAGGCGGCACCCAGCGGGCUGUGA